AUGAAUAAAUAUUCAGAAUUCAUAGUAUUGAUAUUUAUUUUAAACAUUUUAAUAACAAUCUGUCAGAGCAAUGUAGGUGACAGCAAGAAAAAGCUCCAAAUUGGUAUAAAAAAACGUAUAGACAACUGUAUAAAAAAGUCUGUAAAAGGCGAUCUUUUACAUAUGCAUUAUACAGGAAAACUUGAAGAUGGCACUGUCUUUGAUAGCAGUUAUGACAGAAAACAACCCUUAACAUUUACUUUGGGGUUUGGCCAAGUUAUUAAGGGUUGGGACCAAGGACUUAUGGGAAUGUGUGAAGGUGAGAUCAGAAAACUAGUGAUACCUCCUGAUCUUGGCUAUGGAAAUGUCGGUGCACCUCCAAAAAUCCCAGGUGGGGCUGUUCUUACAUUUGAUGUAGAGCUAGUUAAAAUUGAAAAACGUGAUGAAUUGUGA